UUCGGGUUGCUCUGCUCUUUUGUUUUCGUUAGCUGACCACAACAUUCAUUUCGUAGCACGAGACGACGGCUUCUCUUAACUCACCACUACCGAUCGCUGCGCUCCCGGUUAUAAUAAAUUGCGAAUAAACAUCUUGUUAGGGCCUGUUAGUACUCGUCAAGAUGGGUUGUGGAAUGAGCACGGAGGAGAAGGAGGGCAAGGCCCGCAAUGAGGAGAUUGAGAAUCAACUGAAGAGGGAUAAGAUGAUGCAACGCAAUGAGAUCAAGAUGCUUCUCCUGGGUGCUGGUGAAUCCGGAAAGUCGACCAUCUUGAAACAGAUGAAGCUCAUCCACGAGGGCGGAUAUUCACGCGACGAGCGGGAAUCAUUCAAAGAAAUUAUCUUCAGUAAUACCGUUCAGUCGAUGCGCGUCAUCUUGGAAGCCAUGGAAUCACUCGAACUGCCACUAGAGGAUCAACGCAUGGAAUAUCAUGUACAGACAAUAUUUAUGCAACCUGCACAAAUUGAAGGCGAUGUCUUACCUCCUGAAGUUGGCAACGCCAUCGAAGCCCUAUGGAAAGACCGCGGUGUUCAGGAGUGCUUCAAGCGAUCCCGCGAAUAUCAAUUGAAUGACUCAGCGAGAUAUUACUUCGAUAAUAUCGUGCGUAUUGCUACGCCGGACUACAUGCCCAACGAUCAAGAUGUCCUGCGCUCACGAGUCAAGACAACCGGUAUCACCGAGACAACAUUCAUUAUCGGCGAUCUAACCUACCGUAUGUUUGAUGUCGGUGGUCAGCGCUCAGAGCGAAAGAAGUGGAUUCACUGCUUCGAGAAUGUCACGACAAUUCUCUUCCUGGUUGCUAUAUCAGAGUACGAUCAGCUGCUGUUCGAAGACGAGACGGUCAAUCGUAUGCAAGAAGCGCUCACUCUUUUCGACUCUAUUUGCAACUCAAGGUGGUUUAUCAAGACUUCUAUUAUCUUGUUUCUGAACAAGAUUGAUCGAUUCAAGGAGAAGCUCCCGGUUAGCCCUAUGAAGAACUACUUUCCCGAUUACGAAGGCGGCGAAGAUUAUGCUGCCGCUUGCGACUACAUCCUAAACCGCUUCGUUAGCUUGAACCAACACGAGACAAAACAGAUCUACACACACUUCACUUGCGCCACUGAUACAACACAAAUCCGUUUCGUUAUGGCUGCUGUUAAUGAUAUCAUCAUCCAAGAAAACCUUCGAUUAUGCGGUCUGAUCUGAUUAGUUCAUCGUGUAUCGGCCCAUGUCGAAGAUACAAACUCGUGUUUACCAGCGUAUAAUUCCUAACCGCCAGUAAUGCCUUAGAUCUGGCUAAUGACUCACUCACCUGUAACCCCUAACCAGC